CCAAUUGUAGCCACUCAUAAGGCCCAUGGUUCUGGUUUCAUUGGAUCGUGGCCCUGCAGCGAGGGGCCUCAGGGGCGAAAUACCUAUCAGAUACGACCUUGCAUCACCGGGUGGGCCUAAGCCGUCUACAAAACACACUGAUAUCCUCCUGAGCCUAGAAGCGACUGGUGGACUAGGCCCUCAUCAUGUGCAUCAUGUGAGCCCCCGCGUAUCCACGCGGCAUCGGCGACGACAAAUGUCCAGUUGGCAAUCUCGAAGGCGCGGGUAUAAGACGCGGACCCUUCCCCCUUCCCCCGCGCUACCCCGCCUUCCAUACUUCGAACGCUCAUUGAAAUUUAACGUCGGCGGUAAAUAAACGUCCCGGGACUCCUCGUUCGUGCCGCCCCUUCUUUCAAGAUGAACGGCACAGUAAAAGCGGUCAAGCCUAACAUUGGCGUCUUCACGAACCCGAACCAUGACCUAUGGAUCACCGAGGCGGCGCCGACGUUGGAGAGCGUCCAGAAGGGCGAGGAGCUGAAGGAGGGGCAAGUUACGCUCGCCAUCAGGAGCACGGGUAUUUGCGGGUCAGAUGUCCAUUUCUGGAAGCACGGGUGUAUUGGUCCCAUGAUAGUCUGCGGCGAUCACGUCCUGGGCCACGAGUCGGCCGGUGAGGUGAUCGCUGUGCACCCGAGCGUAACUAGCCUCAAAGUCGGGGACCGGGUCGCUGUCGAGCCGCAGGUGAUUUGCAACGAGUGCGAGCCGUGCCUGACGGGACGGUACAAUGGCUGCGAGAAGGUUGAUUUCCUGUCGACUCCGCCCGUGCCGGGUCUGCUGCGGCGCUACGUCAACCACCCGGCCGUGUGGUGCCACAAAAUCGGAGACAUGUCGUACGAGAACGGAGCUAUGCUCGAGCCCCUCUCCGUGGCACUCGCCGGGCUACAAAGGGCCGGGGUCCGGCUGGGCGACCCUGUCCUCGUCUGCGGAGCGGGCCCCAUCGGCCUGAUCACGAUGCUCUGCUGCAAGGCGGCGGGCGCGUGCCCGCUGGUCAUUACCGAUAUCGACGAGGGCCGGUUGAGCUUCGCCAAGGAGAUUUGCCCCGAGGUCAUCACCCACAAGGUCGAGCGCAUGUCGGCCGAGGAUUCGGCCAAGGCCAUCGUGUCGAGCUUUGGGGGGAUCGAGCCGGCAGUGGCGCUCGAGUGCACGGGAGUCGAGAGCAGCAUCGCGGCGGCCAUCUGGGCGGUCAAGUUUGGCGGCAAGGUCUUUGUCAUUGGCGUCGGCAAGAACGAGAUUCAGAUCCCCUUCAUGCGGGCCAGCGUCCGCGAAGUGGACCUGCAGUUCCAGUACCGGUACUGCAACACCUGGCCCCGGGCCAUCCGUCUUGUCCAGAACGGGGUCAUCGACCUGUCCAGACUCGUCACACACCGCUUCGGGUUAGAACAGGCCCUCGACGCUUUCAACACGGCGUCUGACCCAAAGACUGGCGCCAUCAAGGUGCAAAUCCAGAGUUUGGAAUGAGCGUUGCCGGCAGCAUGUGGGGUUAGAGAUGUGCAGCAUCAUGGGUGCUGGGUAACUCUUGAAUUACCCCCUUUCCAUUGAAUCUUCGUUAGAGGUUGCAAUUGUUCGAGUUAUGUCAAACUUAUUGUGUUUACAUUUUAUUUGCGAUAGCCCGAUAGAGUUGAUUUGCAUAACAAAGGAUACAAGUAAAGGAAUU